AAAAACUGAAUGGUAAUUUAUUUUUGUUUAUAGAAUUGUAUUAAUAAAUUCUAGACUCAAAUAUAAGGAUGGGGGAUCCUAAUGUUUUGGGUGAUGCAAGUACGAUUUGGAAGUUUUUAGAUAACAUGUAUGUUUCAAAUCCUGUUGCAUACAAAAAAUUUAUUGACGGUGUAUUAAAAGAAGGCAAAGAACAAAACAUGGGGCCUCCUAUAGCUCAUCUUGCUAUUCAAACAGUUAGAAUACCUCCUGUUAUUCCUUCUAGAAAAUAUUUUAUAAAUGUAGCAAAUUGGACUCAAGUCCCACAGCCUGAAAAUACUUGUAGCCCGAUUCCUAUGAUUAUUUCUGAACAGCGUAAAGAACUGAUUGAUAAAGAAUGGGCUAACUUGAUCGAUAUUGCGGUUAAUCCUAUCUUAUUUGAAAAAAACGGACCUUUUUACACAGAUGUUUCUGAGAUACUCCAAGCAUCUCUAUUAUACGUUGAGUCAAAAUUUUCUUUAAAGUUAUCAAAAAAUUAUACAAUACUCAAUGUAAAAUACAUUGGAAAUGAAGAUAAUCUCUUGAAUUUUAUGUGCCCCACGUUACGCGAUUCUAUAAAAAAAGUUGAUUCUAUGUUGGAUCAAGAUAAGAUUCGACAAUCCAAUCAAGAAACAAUAAAUAAGACAAACCUUGGCUCUAUAAUAUCUACAACAAACAACACUAAUAAUUCUUUUGCUGUCAAAGAAAUUUCAUCCAAAGUUUCUUCCCAAACAUGCUCCCAAAAAAAUGUUCUUGCGACACCAAAAGCAGAAAUGGAUGUUAAUAAAAUAUCCAAGCAAAUUUGUUUCACUAUAGAACUGCCAGGUGUAGAUAGUGUAAACGAGUGCAUUCUUGAGUUAACUGAGGAUGAACUGUUGUUAGUGGUGACUGGAAAAUAUGAGCUUCAUUUAGAUUUACCUUUAAGUAUUGACGUAAAUACAUCAAAAGCAAAGUUUAUUAAAGAUGAACAAGUUUUACUCAUUACUGCGCCAUUUUUAAUCAAAUAAUUUUACUACAUGUUCGUUUUAAAGUUUUAUACUGAUUUAUUUUCUAGUGA